CUGAUAUUGGUGAAGGAAUAAAAGAAUGUGAAAUCGUACAAUGGUUUGUUAAGCCUGGAGAUCAGAUCAGCGAAUUUGAAAAAAUUUGUGAAGUGCAAUCCGACAAAGCUACUGUAGAAAUUACAUCACGUUUUACUGGCACUAUUAAGGAAUUACACUAUCAAGUUGGGGAAAUGGCUAAAGUUGGAAAACCGAUAGUUAACAUAGAAACUGAAAGCGCCUCAGAAAACCAUGAAGGGUUGGAAUCCGAUGAAAAUACUGUAACUUCUACAAUAAUUCAGCAUUCAGAACUUAAAACAAAUACUUUUUCUGCAAAUGAUAAAGUUUUAUCUUUGGCAACUCCUGCUGUUCGGCGUAUAGCGAAAGAAUACAAAGUUGAUAUUUCCGAGAUUAAAGGUACGGGAAAGGGGGCCCGCGUCACAAAGGACGAUGUGAUGAACCACGUAGCCAAGAAGACCCAAUCUAUCGUAAAGCCUAUCGCAUCGUUACCACCACAGGUUCCUACAACAUUUGAAGACAAAAUUACAUCUUUGUCAACUAUUCAAAAAUCCAUGUUCAAGUAUAUGACGCGCUCCCUUCAAAUUCCUCACUUUGGUUAUGGUGAUGAAUUCAUAUUGGAUAAUGCUAUCGCAUUACGUGAUAUGGUCAAUGAGUACAUUGCACAAAGCAACAAAUUUUCAUUCAAAAAAAUUACAUUCAUGCCAAUUCUUAUAAAGUCGUUUUCUGUAGCGUUACAAAAGUUUCCAAUUCUCAACGCUUGUCUCGUGGAUGCCGAUAGUCCAGACACUGUCAAAUUAAAAUACCGUAGCGUUCACAAUAUUGGUGUUGCAAUGGACACACCCGGAGGCCUUUUAGUACCAAACGUGAAAAAUGUGCAAACAAAAUCGAUUUUUGAUAUCGCAGCUGAUUUACAACGUUUACAGGAAGAUGGCAAAAGAAAUGCGAUCGCCCUUUCUGAUAUCCAGGAUGGAACUAUAACGCUAUCUAAUAUUGGCAUUAUUGGUGGAACGCAUCUUUCUCCGGUUAUUUUUUCUCAAGAAUUAUGCAUUGCUGCCAUUGGCAAAAUUCAGCGACUACCACGGUUCGAACCUGUUAAAGAUGAUUUUACAGGGAAAACUACUGACAAGGUGAUCGCCAAACAUGUAAUACCAGUGAGCUUUUGUGCGGAUCAUCGUAUAAUUGAUGGUGUUACUGUUGCGAGAUUUUCAGAGGCUUGGAAAAAUUUAUUAGAAAAUCCUGCUUUAAUGUCUGUAGAGUUGCGGUAA